AUGGAGUCGUUGCUGAAAGGGCAGGUGGCGAGCCUGCCGGCUCGCAACGUGCGCAAUGACAACUUCCUGCAGCGACUGUUUCUGACGUGGGUUUAUGCGAUUGUCGGCGCUGGCCGGAACAGCGCCCUCCAGCAGGAGGCGCUCUGCAUGCCCGCCGACCAGGCAGCAGAGGCAGCAUCUGAGAAAUUUCUCAAGCAGUGGGCGAUCGAGCAGGAGGUCGCCGCGGCAGCGGCGGCCGACAAAGGCAGCGACAGCGGCAAAGGUGGUGGCGCCGAUGGCAAGGCGCCACAGCAGCCGUCCCUUGCGCGCGCUCUUUGGCGGUCGUUCGGCCUGGAGUUUGCAUUGGCAGGCGUCUUCAAGCUGCUGUGGAGUGGAUUUGUCCUGCUGGGGGCGUCCUACUUUGUCAACGCCCUGAUCCAGUACGUACAAGGCGUGUUCCCCGGCUCGGGCGCCCUGCCGCAAAAGGGCAUCGGCUGGGUGCUGUCAUGCAGCUUCUUUGCUGACUCCAUCCUGGCGGGCCUGGCGCUGCAGCGGAUGGGCGACGUGGCAGUGCGUGUGGGCAUCAAAGCACGCGCCGCACUCAUCACAGCGGUGUACCGCAAGUCCUUCCGCCUGAACAGCACCCAUGGCCACGAGGGCGGCAACAUUGUGUCCCUGGUGUCCACCGACUGCAUCAAGCUGUACGAGGGGGUGCAGCACUGCCACAACGUCUGGACAGCGCCGCUGGAGGCGGCCACCAUCAUCGGCCUGCUGCUCUGGCGCACGGGCGGCGCCUACGGCCUGCCCGCGCUGGGCGUUGUGCUGGUGGUGCUCCCGCUGCAAUACUACUUUGGCUACAAGAUCGCAAUGUACAAAAUGGCAAAUGUGGAGGUCUCGGACGGCCGCGUUCUGCGCAUGCACGAGAUCCUGCUGGCCAUCAAGCUGGUAAAAUUCUACGUCUGGGAGAGGUCCUUUGCAAAGCAGGUCGAGGAGAUCCGCGACGAGGAGAUACGCUUGGUGCGCGCCUCGUGCGUCAUCAAGACGGCCAACCUCUGCCUGGUGUUUGCUGUGCCGCCCGUCAUCGCGCUCGUCAUCUUUGCAACCUACGCGUACGCGGUGGGGCCCCUCACGCCCGCCAUGGCGUUUGUGGUGCUCAGCCUGUUCAACACCCUGAGGUUCCCGCUGGUCGUGCUCCCCAAGGCGCUGCGAGGCGUGUCAGAGGGUGUGGCUGCGCUGGGUCGCCUUCAGAAGUUCCUGCUGCUGCCAGAGUCAGAGGAUGUCCCCGCAGCCGCUGCGGAAGGCGCCUCCAUUGAGGGUGCGGAGCUGCACUUUGGAAACCCGGAAGACUUUGUGCUCAAGGUCCCCCGCUUUGACGUGGCCAAGGGCGAGGUCGUCGCCAUUGUUGGCCGAGUCGGCAGCGGCAAGAGCAGUGUGCUGCAGGCGCUGCUGUCCAAGAUGACGGCCACCAGGGGCACUGUGCAUGUUGGCGGCGGCGUGACGGCCUACGUGCCGCAGAGCCCCUGGGUGCAGAACCUCACACUGCGAGAGAACAUCCUCUUUGGGCUGCCUUAUGACGAGGCCAGGUACAAGCGCGUCAUCCAUGCGUGCGCCCUGGAGCUGGAUCUCAAGAUCCUGCCAAAUGGCGACCAGUCCAUCGCGGGGGAGCGCGGCAUCAACCUAUCGGGCGGUCAGCGCCAGAGGCUCGCCCUCGCACGAGCCGCCUACCACGAUGCAGACGUGGUUCUGCUGGACAACCCUCUCAGCGCCGUGGACCAGCACACCAGCAAGCACAUCUUCGACUUCGCCAUCAAGGGCCUGCUCAAAGACAAGGCCGUCGUGCUUAUCGCGCACCAGCUGGAGCUGCUGCCACAGUGCACCAAAGUGGGCAUCAUGAAGGGCGGAGAGAUGAUCUACUUUGGCCCCCCAGACGCCGCAGCUCUGCAGGAGCACAUGCCUGUCGACAGCCUGGCCGAUGCGACCGUCGAGGCCAAGGAGAGCGCCACCGCUGUCGCCGCCCCCGCUGUGCUCGACAAGGAGGCGUCCAAGGGAGCCGGCGGCGAUGCGCACGACCCUGAGCGCCAGGGCAGCGGAGAUCUCAUCAAGGCGGGCGGGCGCUUUGACCCUUGCAAAGAGACGCCAGAGGAGAUUGCGGCCAAGUUCAGCGGCACUGCGCCGCGCCUCACCGCGCGGCGUGCCGCCUUCAUUUACUGGCGCUCCGGCGGCCUGGUGCUGGGGGUGGUGUCGCUGGCCAUCUUUGCCAUCACCCAGACCACGCGCAUCAUCGGCGACUGGUGGAUCAGGUCGUGGGCGGCCGACCACCCGGCGCACUUCUACCGCCUGCACCCGCGGCUGGAGGCCAACGCGCUGUACCUGGCGGUGUACGCGCCGCUGGUGGCGCUGUUCAUUGCGCUGCUGCUGGUCAGGGACGGCGUGUUCAGCGCCUGGAGCGUCAGGGCGUCCACGAAGCUGCACAACCAGCUGUUCCGCCGCGUGCUGUCGGCGCCGAUCCUGUUUUUCCUGAGGACCCCGGUGGGGGACGUGCUCAACGCCUUUGCGCGCGACCAGGACACCCUGGACGAGACGCUGCCCGACACGCUGCACAUGACAGGCAUAUACCUCAUGAUUCUGCUGACGUCACUCGCCAUAGUCACGGUGUCGAUCCAUUACUAUGCCAUCAUGACAGGGGCGCUGUUCCUCAGCUUUUUCAUGAUGCAGUACCUCUACCUGCCAGCAGCGACGGUGCUCAAGCGCUGGGCGGGCGAGACCGCCAGCGGCGUGUUUGUCCACGUGGACGAGAGCCUCCAUGGGAUGGACGUCAUCAGGGCAUUUGGGGCCGUGGACUACUUCAUACAGGAGAAUGUGGCGCGCCUGAACCGCCACCAUCUUGCGUUGUUUAACACGGAGCAGACGCACCUGUGGCUGGCCUUCUGGUGCGAUUUCUUUGGCGCCGUGCUGGUGGUGGCGACCUGCCUCUUCAGCGUGGCGUUCAGCCAAGACCUGGGCGCGGCCAACGUGGGCCUGGCCAUAUCAAACUCCAUCCAGGUGCUGGUGUUCUUCACGUGGGUGGUGCGCGGCGUCGCCGACAGUGUGUCCAUGUGGGACGCCGUCGAGCGCGUCACCACGUUUGCCACCCAAGUGCCCAGCGAGCAGGCGGUGGAGGGCUGCCCCGAUCAGGAGGAGGACGAGGCGCCCCUCACCCAGCACCGCGACAGCACCCUCGCCGGCCGCGCCCGCCGCGGCGCCGGCAGCGUCGUCCGCCGCCUGCACACCGCGCAGCGCGCCGCCCUCGAGGCCGGCCGCACGCGCUCCAGCCUGGGCGCGGCCGCGCUCGGGCCGGCCGGGUCCGCGCGGCGCAAGAGCCUGCAGGAGCCCGCGGGGCCGGCGGGGAGGGCUCGCGGGUCCAUGAGCGUCCGCGGCGGCCUGGGCGGGGGUGCUGCGGCUGCUGCAGCGGGAGCAGUGGCGGCCGGGCCGGAGGAGCUGCGGGUGAUUGUGGUGGAGGACCUGGCGAGCGGCGCCAAGCAGGAGCGCAAGUUGGCGGAGUGGCCGGCGUCGGGCGACCUGCGCUUUGAGCGCGUGAGCCUGCGGUACUUCCCGGGCGGCCCUCUGGCCCUGCGGGGCGUCACGUUCCACGUCAACGACUGCGAGAAGAUCGGUGUGGUGGGGCGCACCGGCAGCGGCAAGACGACACUGCUCAUGGCCCUGUUCCGGCUGCUGGACCUGGCGGGGGGGCGCGUGCUGGUGGACGGCGCAGACAUCGCCACCCUGCCCCUUAAGGAGGUGCGGUUUUGUUUUGCAGGAGAUUAG